CCUCGAACACCUCAAAUGUCCAAAAUCCCCCACCACCGUUCACAAACUAGAGAAAAGUCGCAGCAAAUAAAACCUAACCAGUCCUAAUCACACCCCAUAACUGACAACUCUUACCAACCAUGGAUUCACUCUUGCUACCCCCACAAGAACCAUAUCGGAACUGGGUGGAGCUUCCGCGGGACAUCACGGCGUCAAUACUCUUGAAGCUUGGAGCGGUCGAGAUCUUAAACACGGCGCAGCUUGUCUGCUCCUCAUGGCGUAGCAUCUGUAAGGAUCCUUCCAUGUGGAGAUCGAUCGACAUGCGCAAUUUGGGUGAUCUCUGGGACAUGGACUACGAUCUUGAGAAAAUGUGUAGGCAUGCUGUUGAUAGGAGUUCUGGUGGCUUGGUUGAUAUCGAUAUCCAGUAUUUUGGUACUGAUGAUCUCCUUCAGUAUAUAGCCGAUAGGUCAAGUCAUCUCAAAAGGCUUCGUCUAGUAUCUUGCUAUAGCAUUUCGGAUGAGGGAUUGAGUGAAGUGGCUACAAAAUUUCCGUUGCUGGAGGAGCUUGACAUUUCAUACUGCUCAUUAUCAAAGCAAGCUCUUGAAGUUGUUGGGCAUUGUUGUCCUCUACUCAAAUCAUUUAAGCUGAACAACCACGGGUUCAAGCAUCCACGUACAGAGUGCAACGAAGAGGCACUAGUUAUUGCAGAAAACAUGCCUCAUUUAUGCUGUCUUCAGAUUUUUGGAAAUAAGCUGACAAAUGAAGGCUUGCAGGCCAUUCUAGACGGUUGUCCAAACCUCGAAUCUCUCGACUUGCGCCAGUGUUUUAAUGUCAAUCUAGAAGGGCAUUUAGGUAAAAGAUGUAUUGAACGGAUCAAAGAUUUGCGACGUCCCUAUGAUCCCACUGAUGACUAUCCUUUUGAUACUGAAAUUGCAGACGUUGGAUCAUCCGAGGAAGACUACCCAUCUGGAUUAUCUGAGAUUGAUUUUUUGUCUGAUGAUGAUGACUACUAUGAAUUCUCUGGUGGCAGUGAUAUGUCUGACUAUGGGGAUCUGGUUUUUGAUUAUUAGUAACCUUGGUGAUGAAACUAGCCUAACAUUUUGAUGUUCAUAACGUAUGCUAGUUUUUACAGUGGUACCUUUUCUUUUUCUUAGGACAGUAGCAUUUCAGCCAUGCUGGACUUCUCCCAGUGACUACUACGGCGUGCUGAUAUUACUGCUAAUGGUUGCGGAUUUUGCAGGUGGAGAUAUAUCUGCAUAUGCCAUGGCCAUUCACAUAUAGAUCCUAAGAAAUCUGGGAUACUUGGUGCUUUUAAUCAAACAAAUUGUAAAACAGGUCUAAGUGUUCUUUUGAGAGUCCUGUUGAUAUUCUCCUGUUCACUUGUUUUCUUGUUCGAACUGUUCUGUUUUAGCGUCUCUAUCUUUCAGACGAAUGUAUUUAUUUUUACUGUGGAUUCUAUGAUGUCUGCAGCUGUAGUUAUAUAAAUGUAUGUGAAAUUUUAUUUGGAUAAA